AACAUGGCGGCGACCUUGAGACUCGGAUCGACAGCUCUCAGUAUUCGUCUUCGAAAUGCCUCUAACUGCGGGCGUUAUCAGGUGCUUGGGACAUUCCACAAGAGAGGGAUAAGUACCACAGCCCAUCUCCUUAACAAGGAUAUCUACUGGAAUGACAAGUAUGAUCCUAAGGAGAGUAAAUUUGACAAGAUCCUCAUUGCCAACAGAGGAGAGAUUGCUGUACGUGUCAUUAACACCUGUCGUCGCCUGGGAAUCAAAACUGUCGCAGUUCACAGCGAUGUUGACUCUUACAAUAAUUUUGUCUUAAUGGCUGACGAAGCCAUCUGUAUUGGCCCAGCUCCAACAUCUAAGAGCUAUCUCAACAUGGACGCCAUCCUGGAUGCUGUCAAACAAACUGGGGCACAGGCGGUUCACCCUGGGUAUGGCUUCUUGUCCGAGAACACAAACUUUGCUGCAAAACUGCAUGAGAACGGUGUUACAUUCAUUGGUCCCAACAGUGAAGCCAUCCACGCCAUGGGAGAUAAGAUAGAAAGCAAGAGGAUUGCCACCAAGGCCAAAGUGAACAUGAUUCCUGGACAUGACGGUGUGGUGGAAAGUGUGGAUGAGUGCGUGAAACUAGCCAAUGAGAUAGGAUAUCCUGUAAUGAUCAAGGCCUCGGCUGGCGGUGGUGGUAAAGGAAUGAGGAUUGCAUACAAUGACAAAGAGGCACGCUAUGCCUACCGUUUUUGUAAAGACGAGGCUGCGUCCAGCUUUGGUGACGACCGCUUGCUCAUUGAGAAGUUUAUUGAGGAGCCAAGGCAUAUUGAGAUGCAGGUGUUGUGUGAUAAACAUGGCAAUGCUCUGUGGCUGAAUGAGAGAGAAUGCUCUAUACAGAGGAGGAACCAGAAAGUCAUUGAAGAAGCACCAAGCACAUUUGUGGACCCAGACAUGAGAAGAGCUAUGGGGGAGCAGGCCACCUCUCUGGCCAGGGCAGUGGGGUACGAUAGCGCAGGAACUGUGGAGUUUCUGGUGGACAACAAGAAGAACUUUUAUUUCCUGGAAAUGAACACAAGACUCCAGGUGGAGCACCCAAUUACAGAAUGUAUCACUGGCAUUGAUCUUGUUCACCAGAUGUUGAGGUCGGCCAAAGGUCAUCCACUAGUCCACAAACAACAUGACAUUGGAAUAGAUGGGUGGUCCUUAGAAUGCCGAGUUUACGCUGAGGAUCCUUACAAGAGUUUUGGACUGCCGUCAGUGGGGCGACUCUUUACAUACAUAGAACCUUCACAUAUUCCAAAUGUGCGUUGUGACAGUGGCAUCCGUGAGGGAAGUGAAAUCAGUGUGUAUUACGAUGCCCUUAUCUGUAAGCUUGUGUCCUAUGGUGCCACUAGACAAGAAGCUCUGGACACUAUGGCCAAAGCUCUUGACCAUUAUGCUAUUAGAGGAGUGACACACAACAUCCCCCUACUGAGGGACAUAAUGACAGAGGACAGGUUUGUGAGAGGAGACAUCACCACCAGUUAUCUACAGGAAGUUUAUCCUGAUGGAUUUAAAGGUAAAAAGCUGACCAGUAAGCAGCAGAACCACCUGAUAGCUGUGGCCUGUGCUGUCCAUGUCAAAGAAGCUCUACGACAAAGAUCCUUCACAAACCAGUCUAGGCUGCCACCUAUGGCUGACCUUCCUCCAGCGUGGAACCUCAGCAUUCGCUACAAGGAUGCCACCUAUACGGCACAGGUUAAAUAUGUGCCGAGCAAACACGAAAGCAAGUUUAUUGUUACUAUUGGGGAGGAGACUUUUGAUGUGGCAGAUAAUUUCACUCUUGGUUUUAAUGUCAUAGAAGCUCAAAUCAAUGGAGACAUUGAGACAAUGAUGCUCCUAACAAAGAUUCCCAUAAAAGAGGCCAGAGGCGUUGUGAAACUAAGGUAUCUUGGAACAGUGUUCAGCCUGCACGUGAUGCCCCAGGAGUACAGUGACAUGUACCAGUACAUGAUCACCAAGCAGGAAGCAGACCUGAGCAGCAUGGUGAUGGCCCCUAUGCCAGGACUGGUCAAGUCAGUGGCUGUGGAAGUGGGGCAGAAUGUAUCUGAGGGACAGGAAAUGUGUGUACUGGAGGCCAUGAAGAUGCAGAACAGUCUGCCUGCAGCAAGAGACGGAAAGGUGAAAGCAGUGAAUUUCAAAGCAGGAGACACUGUGGAUGAAGAGGCAGUCAUUGUGGAACUGGAGUAAAACCCUCACCAGGGGGCAGCAUUAGAGAAGAUGACAGAUGCUGCAAAGGUUCCUUGUAGACACUUAUGCUUCAGUAUCAUAGAACUGCAGUCAAUCAGCACUUACAGAAGGCAGAUCAUGGGAAAUAAUUGAGAUAAUGUGUGGGUUUGACCAUCCAUUCACAGGGACUUGCUGAAAUUUUGUUUGAAUUAAAUGUAUGGGUUGAACCACUCUUGAACAGGGGCUUUGAUUAAUGAGGUAGAUGAUGUAGUAAAAUUGGGUUGAAUAAUACUCGAGCAGGAAGUUGUAUUGGAUGUAAAAUAUACAGGAGGGUUAAUUGCUGACCAGGUUUAUAUAAAGAUGUAACAGUUGCCGCUCUCAAGGUGCUUGUUUUGAAUGGUUUUUGUUAUGAUUGUAAAAGAUUUGAUGGACUUUUCAUUGAUGUCGACAAUUAGUGCUCUUAAACAGGAUGGCUCCAUUACUUUAUUGACAGACUUUGCUGAAUACAUGUGUAUUAAUUUGUAAAUGUUUAUUAUUGCUUCACAAUUGUAACAUGCAAAAAAUCCUAUUUACUUGUAUUUAGCUUUAAGUGAACUGGUCAUGUUAAUUCAAGUAUUAUGUAUGGUAUGUCUAUAUGGCUAUAAGGCUUUGUAGAGUUGUGCUUUUAUUCAUGACUGUUGACUAUCUUACGAUAGAUACAGCUUAGAAAUUAUUCAUUUUGAAGUCAUGAGAAUUUAAAUUUUAGAUUGUUCAGUAAAAAUGACAACCAGGAAGUCAUUCUUGUUUUGAUCAUAUCAAAAACAACAGAACAUGAAGGAUUAAAGUAUCUUCAGUCAUCAAUAAAAUUGAAUUCCUUUCUGUGAUGUUGAUGCAUUUUGAAGGCAAUUUUUUUAAGUUAACACUCACAGGAGAAAAAUAAAUACAAAAUUAUGGGCUGAAUAUUUUGUAUGAACCAAAUUUUGAAGUGAAUGCAAUUAUUUUUGAAAAAUG